AUGGUACCCCUCUCUCCAACAGAGAGCUCGUUGCCGCCGGCGAACGCACCACUGCCGAUCGACAACAACGAUCGUAAAACCACGGAGCGCCCCGGUGGUGGCCAUGGGAGCGGCGGAGGCGGAGGCAGCGGGGUCAGGGAGCAGGAUCGGUACAUGCCGAUAGCCAAUGUCAUACGCAUCAUGCGCCGCAUCCUCCCCACGCACGCCAAGAUCUCCGACGACGCCAAGGAGACCAUCCAGGAGUGCGUGUCCGAGUACAUAAGCUUCAUCACGGGGGAGGCCAACGACCGUUGCCAGCAGGAGCAGCGCAAGACCAUCACCGCCGAGGACGUCCUCUGGGCCAUGGGCAAGCUAGGGUUCGACGACUACGUCGAGCCACUCACUAUUUUUCUGAGCCGCUACCGCGAGAUCGAGGGGGACCGCGCUGGCCAUAGUUUACGCAGCGAGGCGUUCUAUCUGAACAGGCGUGGUAACGCUAGCAAUACUGGCGGGAUGGAUUAUUAUUAUGGACCGCCACUGCUGCCGCCGCCUCCACCAACGCUGGGGAUGCUUCCUCCUUAUGCGCCGCCUCACCACCAAGCAAUGGGGUAUGUGGAUCCGUCGGCGGCAGCGGCCAUGGGCACUUAUUAUGGGGUUGGGUCGUCAACAGGGAGUGGCUCUUCCUCAGCUAAUUCGCCUUCGCAGGCCAAUUUGGCUGGCUUUGAUCCUUUUGCUCCUUUCAAAAAUUAG